AAUAGGCAACGAGAGAAGUUCUCAAACGGAAUACAUCAAUUCUAAAAAGGAUUUCAAAAGUAUCUACAAAAUGCCGCCACCACACCACGAGGAUCGUCUGUUCGGAAUCCACUUUGGACUAAAUUUGGGAGGUGGUGGUCACCAUCACCACCACCAUCACCCACCGCCGCCUCCGCCACCGGUGCACCACCACCACCACGGACCACCGCACCACCACGGACCUCCGCCGCACCACCACCACCACUAUGGACCACCACCACCGCCGCACCACUUCGAUCACCAUCACCACGGCGGCCACUUUGACCACCAUCAUGGUCCUCCGCACGGUCAUCAUCAUCAUCACUGGUAGGUCAGUGUUGGAAAAGGGCUUUGAAGUCCAAAAUCCUCUGAUGACAUACCUCCGGACAGAAGGAAGGAUGGUUACCUUAUUUAUUACCGAAUUUAAAUUAUAACAUAUACCAAAAAAAAUAUUUAACAAGAAAAAAUAUUAAAAUACACUAUUUAAUACCUGAACAAA